CUGUCAUGGCGGCUGCUGUCGCGAUUUAGUCUAUUUUGAUUUGUGUCAAAGGAGAUAUUCGUUAUACUUGAGGAUAACUGCAGAUGACAGCUAUGUAAAUAACCGUUUUUCAAAUAGUUCUAAUAUCUGAUACCGACAUAUACCGAUAUACCGCCCGUGUGUUGGGACAUAACAAACCUCAAGAUGGUGCUGACAGAUCUUCCUUUUGAACAUGGUGCUCUGAUCCACAGCAGAUACACCACAAUCCGCAGGCCUGACAGUGCUCCAGCUGGCAUCAAAGAGGAUGAGGAAAGGCGGCAACGUCAAACUAAAUCUUAUGCUACAUUUUUAAGAGAACAAGAAAGAAAAGUAGGCCCAGAAGGAUUCCUCGAUUCAAGUAGAUAUUCUCAUUCUUUUGUGGUAAAGAAAGAUAAAUCAAAACAAAAGUUACGAAAAUCAGCAGAUUCAGGCAUUCCUAGCCGUCCUUCAGUUGUGGCCUUCAGUGCCCGAGUGGAGAAGGAUGGAAAAGACCACAAGAAGAGAAUGAAGGUGAUCGAGGAUCACAUGUGGCAACACAAACAAGAGGAGCGAGAGCUAAAGCGUGUUGAAGGGGAUAUUAUCAAGAAUCAGCGGGCAGUUCGACACACUCUCAGGGAUUUUGAAAAUGCGAUUAAUAAAAAGAGGAUGCAGGAGGAGAAGAAACUGAACCAGGGACUGGAGGUCUACACAAAGAUCAGGCGGGACUUCGUCCACAAGAAGGAAGAUCUGACAAAGACACGGAUACAACAUACCAUGUCUACAGAACACAAUACAAAAUGGCAGGGCAGAAAAAACGAAGUCCAGCAGUCGGACCUUUCUCGCAAGUACCGUUCCAAAGUGAGCGAGUUGGAGCUCAAGAGGAUUGAGGUGCUUAGAAUGAAUCAGGAUUUUGAAACCAAAAUGAGACAGACAGAGGAAGAACAGCUGAAUCUACAAAACGAACUGGCCGAGCUGUCUAUUAAUCUGAAUAUGGAAUCUCAGAAAGGCAGAGUAAUGCGAUUUGAAUCGGAAAGAGAAAGAAAGAAGAAUCAAACAAAUAAAAUACAAGAAAAUUUACAAGGAGUGGAUAAUGUUAAAAAUAAAUUAAUGAGAAGUGAUGGUGAUACUAAGGCAGCAGAAAUGAAUAAACGAAAAUUAAGUGCUGACCUGUCCCUAACAAAGUCACACUUAGAUAUCAAAAAACGAGACGAACAACGACAUUUAACAGACACCCAGUUUCGACUAGAUGAUAAUUCUAACAUACAGCGACAACUAAACGAGGCAGCUUUCCAUGCCAACCUAGACAUGAAGGCCCGACAGAUUGACCAGAAACUGGAGGCCCAUAAUGCCAGGAGAAUCAACAAACUGGUAUCAACAAUGUCCGACAAGAAGAUGAAGGAGGAUGAAAAACAGGCAGUAUGGGAGUCGCGAUUCAAGAGACGUUACAAUGAACACAAGCGCAAGGAACACGACGAUCAGCUCAAAUUCUUCCAGAAAAUGGUGGUGAAAGGGGAUGACUGUGAACAGAGUCUGUACAAUAAAGUACGAAAUUCAGAGUAUACACGUCAGAAACAGGAACAGACUGUUCGAAGACUUCAACAGACACUUGCAGAUGUUAAACGCAAAAACUCUGUAAAGAUACGACAGGAACUUUCAGAACGACAGAGAGAGGAGAAAGAGUUACAAGAAAAACUAAUCCGAGAGAAGGCAGAAUUGGACAAGGCUCAUGCACAGAGGGAAGAGAGCUACAUCAAGCUACAGCAGCACCGUCAGCUCCUGAAGGAGGACAAACACAAUCUCAAAGAACAUGAGCGUGAGAAUGCCAGAAUUCUGAAGAUUUCUGAACGUUCAGACACGGCCCUUACAGAGACAUAUUAGGAGGAGCGACACCUCAUCACUGUACUAGGCACAGGUCCUAUUCUAGGAACACUGUAGGUGCCAAUCGAAAAGCAGCGCACUGGGCAGAAAGAAGAGACAAUGCUGAUGUAAUGCUUGAGUUGCUUGCUUCGGUUGACUUUCUGGUGAAAUGUCUACUGGAGGGAUUGUUGCAGGUCCAUGACAGGGUCUGAUGGGCUACUGAGGGUGUUAGUGGGACCAGGACCUAAUACAUAGCUUACUGAGGGGUUGAGAAUGACCUAUGUCACCGGACACACAGUCCCUUCACUGAUUAAUAUGAGGCUAGUAGAGUUGUGUGCUGUGGAUCACAUAUAGGCAGACUCACAUAAAUACAGAUUUAUUUUCUUUGUUAUUUAAGAUUUUGUAAAAAAGAUUUUACAUUUUGAACUUCAGAAGUAAAAUUUGUUGUGUACUUUUAAUAUAUGCCUUUGAACAUGCAAGUGCUCUUUAUGGUGGUCCUGUGAGGCCAGACUGAACUAAAUAAUGACCUCACCAUCAACCUUGUGUUAACACUGCAUGUCCUUUACUUCUGUGACUGUGUCUGAUCUGGUUCAUUUAUAUAACUAGUUCAUGCCAUGUUGUGUUUUAUGUUCGUGUUUAAGGUAUAUACACAUACCGGGGAAAUCAAAAGUAACUGUUGGCUAUGUCAUCACUGGCAACAUAUCGUAUAGGCAUUCAUCAAACUCCUGCCAUGUAGGAAAUAUCAGUAUACGUGUGUGCAAUAAUUACAGAAUGUUCUUAUCUUUGGAUUUCUCGUAUAAUAUGUAAUGAAUUAUGAUAGUUAAGAAAUAGGACAUUAUAUUCAUUUCAACUGAGACAGAGUUGAGUCUCUUAGUAUGUUACCCUGAAUCAUGCAACAUUUAGAUUUCCUAUUCUAGCUCAGUUAUAAGGGAUUUAAAAUUAGAUAUUAUAGAAAAGCUCAAAUAAAUUAAAAAUCUUUGCAACUCUGGAAACUAGAAGGUAAUUUCUUUUUUCAUUUCUGUUAUUUCCUCUGCAUUUAUACAAUGAUAAAGAUAGGUUGUGGGCCUUUUAUCGUCAGUUGGGACUUUUUGAAAUGAUUUCCAUUAUUGACACAGUACACAGUCCCAACCAAAGACAGAAUAUGUCAAAUGUUUGUGUGACCUCAGGGUUGCUUAAAUUCGACAUGUUCAUAGCCCUGUGUAAAAGCUACAAUGUAUAUCCAUACAUAAUGGAAAUAUGAAUUAUAGUUCGCCAGUGUUAAAAUGGGGUGUGAAGGGAGGUGGAUGGGUGUGAGGAUGGAAGCUUUCAAUACACAAUGGGAGUGUGUGUGUAUGUAUUACUUGUCAGAAUACAAUGGGCUCUAGCUGUAUGUGAUAAACAGUGUUUUCCCUAGGAUCUGAACUUUUUCGCACUUUUUUUUAUAAAAGUAAUUCUUGUUCUAAAGGAAAGAGAUUGUGUAUAUAGCUAUGAUGUAAAUGGUAAGAGCUUUCUUUGAAGCUAAAACUACUUAUUUACAAAGCAAACUCACUUAUUUACCGAUAGAUCUGAGGACAGAUGUGACAUCUGUCAGCUAAUGAGAUUAAUUGAUUACUGUUUGUCAUUAUAGGAUUGUCUGUUUAUGGAUGCCAUCAGGGUCAAGGUCAAAAGAUAGAUCAAGGUCAACUUGUGGAUAUACAUUUUAUAUAGUGUACUGCUUUGAAAUUGUGAUGGUGUUCGCUAUCAGAAGAUAACAUCGGGAUGUUUUUGUAGAUACAUUGUGUGUUUGAUAUGGGUAAUGAUGCCCACCAUCUAGACUUACAGUUGAUUUAUAAGGGAGGCAGUCUUAUCUCUGGCACUUUGUCUAUUUACACACUAUUAGGAACAAUUUGCUCAUUGAAUAUCAGAAACUAUAUACUCUUCAUACAUCUGUUAGAUAGAAUUAUACCUCAGAGUGACAAUGUGUGUGCCAGUCCCUACUUGUGUGUAGUGUAUGUGUUGUGUCAUCCUUACAUCAGACUCCCUAUAACAGUUAUACCCAAUCAUCUGUACCACUUAUACCAAUUUCAUAACACUGAUGACCAUAUGCAUCAUCACUAGAUGGCGAUCUCUCCACCUUGGGUUAAAGUCCCUGUCGCUAUUAUCUCUGGUGUGUUGUUAGGGGUGACUUGAUAUCCUUUGUGAUAUUAUGGUUAGUGAUGACAUUUGAAGAUUAACAGAGGAUAAUAUUGAUACUAUUGCAGCUCCAGAUUUAGUUGUUUUGUUAUGUAAAACACUGUAUUAGCUAUUUAAAAACUUGAUCACCACUUCAUGUCUUUAAUGUAUUACGAUAUCAACGAUGAUACAACAGCGCCUCUCUGUCGAAGGUCAUGUACCAUGGUAAAAUCUGUCCAUAAAAGUCAUUUGUGAUUACAACUUUUCAGGUUAAGGGAAACAUCAAGUUAAAAUAAUAUUAUUGCUGUUGUCACUGUUAUGAAACAUUCGUUUAAGUCAUUAUCUAUAGAAGUUUUCUAUAUAAGUCACAUCUUAUGAUACAUGUUACAGAAUUAUACUCAAACUAGGAAGUGGAAUAAAAAUCUUCAAAAACGUAUUGAUAACAUAUAUUUAAACACUUCGAGAAGAACCACAUCAUUUGAACAAGAAUUUUUGCUUUUAAUCAUAACAGCAAUGAUAUGGUAAAAUAAAAAAUGAAUAUUUUUGCCCCAACUUCAUCAUCUUACAUGAACAGACAUGUUUUUCUUACGGAUAUUAUUUUUACGGAAAAAAUCUUUUUACAUUGAAAUUGAAUUCUUAGAAACAAGAUAAGAUCAAUAAAAUAUCAUCAUACUAAAUAUUUAACCCACAUUAUUUUUUAUGCAUCACUGGAAACUGGCAAUCCAGGUUGUUCCUAAUUUGAGUAUAUGUCAUUAUGAAAAUGGAAAUUUACACCAAAGAAAGCACAAAAAUUAAAGGGUUGAGCUAUCAAUCCUUCAGUUUACCAAUAUUGCUUCUCAGGCAUUGUAAAUGUAUGGCAUCAAAAAAGAGAGAUGAGUGUCUUGAUAAAGGAAGUAACAUAAAGCUGGGAAAACGUUCCUUCCUUUUGCUACUGUUACUGUAUAAUAGAGUUAUGAAGACCUGUACUUAUGAUUAUAUCUGGUGCUGUGGUACCUUAUAUGAGAGUAACUGUUAUUUAUACUCGUUUGUUUUAUGUUUUUACAUAGAUUUUCCUAUUUUUAUACUUGUCCACAGUUUGUACUCCACUGUAGCUGUGAUAAUCCAGGCUGUGCUUUGCCUGUACUGUAUUUGUGUGUUGUGUUUCAGUCUGAAGAGUUAAGUAUAUAAUUAUAUUCCGUUGCAAUGCUUCAAAUAUAAGGUGUUUAAAACAAAUAAGUUUUCACAGUAUGAAUUAUCUAGUUAUCAGGUUAUUGUUUUAUAAGGUUUUCAGCUUGAUUUAUUCCUCUACUAUUUCAGCAUAUUGUUUUGAUCGUGUUUAUCCAACGUAGCUUUAUUUCUGAACUGUUGGCAAUGCAUAAGGUUACCACACAUAUUACUGGCCAUCAGUUGAUUGAGAGACGCGAUGUACAUAUUUUGUGUGUGUUGAUAUAUAUUAAGAUCAUAGCAUCUCUGAUGAUCUCUUAUAACUGAAACUUCAGAUCAGAACUCAGAGAAGAAUUAAGCAUCAAUUGAUAAAUCAAUUGAAUAUGUAUCAUGGCUACCUAUUGUGGAAAUUUUGUCAAAUACAAGGAAAACAAAUAGUAUAUUAAUAGCUGUAAUCAUGGCAAUAUCAGGUUGAUCUUCCUUGACGGCCUUGCAUUCCAUACAUUACUAUGGCUUAUUUUGAUGAGAGGACCAUUGCGUCUGUGAUUGUAACAUCUCUAUGCUGAUUAACAAUACAUUAUACUCUACCAUAGCAUAUUACAGUACAGGUAUUAUGAUAGAAAUAGAUCCUCAGCUCUGUUUCAUGGUGAUCUCUGUUACCUCAUUCUGAUCAGUUCACUGUUGUCUGACCCUGUUCUGAUCAUAUCAUACGGACUUUGUGCCAGACCUGUCCACAAACUCAGGACAACAGUACAGGAAAUAGUUGAAUUUAACAGGAUUUAUUUGAAAAGUAAGCAUCUUGACAAUAUUGUCAGCCUGCCAAGGAUUAAUUUUAUUGCCGUGGUAUCAGAACGCUAGUUUUUAACCGUUUGUGCCAACUAGCUAGAGAGGGGGUUGAUAAUUUGACUUGUGAUAUAUGUAUGUAACCCAAUAGUUUGCCAAGAGACGAUUUUACAUUAUAGACUAUUUCAUUAAUUAGACUUUAACACAUUCCAAUACAAUACAUAUCUAUAAUCAUGGACUUAAUUGGAUCUAAUCUAAUUCCGUGAUUAAGAUAUAAAAUUCUGAGAUUCAUGUUGAUCUCCGUUACACAAAAACAUGUCUAUUUGGCUUUGAACUAUCCACAUGUCAAAAGGCCAUCUUUAUUUCACAAUGAAAAGAUCUGGUAUUUAUUUCACUGCUUCUAGUUUUGUUAUACAGAUAAAAAUGUUACAUUAAUUCUGAAAAUUGUGAUAUGAUUAUGAUGAAAGUAUAUAGCUACAUCAGUAUGUUGAUCCCAUGCAUUUGUGAUAUGAUUAUGGUAAAUUGAAAAUGAAAUAAAGAAUAAAUAAAACCUGA